GGUUUUGAAAAAUGCUACACUUUCACCCUUUUCUUUAAAUCAAUUUCCAUUAGAAAUAAAUAACAGAAAAUACACUUUCAUCUCCUCCACCCUCCUCAACAAAAUUAGAAACAAAACAUAACACAUAAACCCUGAGAAAAUUUACACUAAUUAAAUUAGCCAUCACCAGGUAAUGGGUUCAUCAAUUCAACCAACAACGUCUAGAGCUUCAAUUCCUCAGAACUGCACUUAUAUCAACGCAUAUUAGAUGUAAAUAAUUUUUGUUAGUCAAACAAAAAAAAAGUUUAAUUUUAAUUUUAUUUUUAAAUGUAAUCAAUAAAAGUUUAAUUAUUUUUAUUAAAACAAAAGACAAAAUUAAUUUUGUUGAUAAAUAUUUCGAAAAAUAAAAAAAAGAAUUGAUUUUCAUUUGAAUGAAAAAAAAAAAGAAAAAACUACAUGAGAAUUCAAUUCGCUUUGUGUGAAUAAUAUAGAAAUGGAUUUAAAAAGCUUCUACAAGAAAAUCGAUGUGGAUAGCAUAAAAAAUAAACUACCACCGAUAAAAAUUCCGAAAAUUAAAUCACGAAAGAUUUUUAAAAGUUCACGUGAGGAUUUAGCCCAACAGCAAUCACCAGUCGAUGCAAUGAGUCUUGGUUCUCCCAUGGCGCCAGUGCCUAUACCAGGUCAAUCUUCAUUUAUCGAUCGAACUCCGACAAGGAUUUCAACAGUUUCAUCUUUGAUGAACAUUAAUUAUGGAUUUAAGGAUAAGCAGGACAGUGGGCGGUCUACUUAUAAGACAGCGAAUAAUUUCGAAGAAGAGAACUGCCCGGACGAGUUCGAUACUCGAGAACCAGUAGCUGGUAAUUCGGUGGGAAAGUUUGGUGACAAAUGCAAAAAAACCUACAAGGACUUUCAAGAAUUCAAGAUUAAGAAUAUAUUCGCUAAGAAAACUGUUGUCAAAAGGACAGAAAUUGAAGUUGAUAUUUAUGCGCGACAAUAUGAGCGGGAUAAUUAUCUCGAAGAACAGGAUUUGGAGAACCAACUCGAAGAAGAUGGUUAUGCAUUCGAGUUUAAAAACGCACGCCAACGUUUAUCAAUUUCGUCGGGAGAAAUAAGCCCGCCUGAUUCAGAUCGAUCCGGAGUACCAAGUCCAAUACGAUCUGAGCUGGCUCACUUACAGAAUAACGAUACACCUCCACUUUUGGCAAAGAGAAGAAAUGCCAUCUCAGAGGCAGAACUGAAGAGGCAGAAAUUCCAACGUUCUGUGUCUUCGGAAAGCAACGAUGAACCACCGCCAAGAAAACCAAAUAGAAGCAGUUUGUGGGGUCUUAAUGAACAAAGUCAUGGUGAAUCAGGGGAAGAACAUGUACAAGUUCAUCGAACAAAUGAUUCAAAAUUGUCAAGGUUCAAAAAGUCAAUUAGUGUCUCUGCUGGUGAAUCAGGAGAUGAUCAACCAAGAAUUACAAUGCCGAGAAUGGGAAGGUUUAAAAAACAAUCAAGGGGGGGCUUAUCGGUUGACAAUAAUCUUCCAACUGAAUCAGAAGAAGAUUAUAAUUCACGGCCUAAUAAGCCUGGUAUAUCGAGAAUGGCAAGGUUUAAAAAGUCAGUGAAAGAUGGAAUAGCUGAAGGUUUUUCAGAUAGACACAUUCCAACAGAGUCAGGAGAUGAUCAACCAUCAACAGCUCCGAAAUCUGAGACAUCAAGAAUUGCUAGAUUCAAAAAGUCCAUGAAGGAGGGACUAGCAGAAGGUUUUUCAGAUAAGAAUGCUACUGGAGAAUCAGGUGAUGAUCAACCAAAAGCAGGGCCAUCAAGAAUGGCAAGGUUUAAAAAAUCAAUGAAAGAUGGAAUAGCUGAAGGUUUUUUGGACAAGCAUGCUCCUGCAGAAUCAGGAGAGGACCAACAGCAACCUAGUAAACUAUCUAAAAUGGCCAAAUUCAAGAAAUCAAUGACAGAAGGAUUAUCAGAAGGUUUCUCAGAUAAACAUACUCCUGCCGAGUCAGGGGAAGACCAACCGCCAGCUAAUAAAACAUCAAGAAUGGCAAGAUUCAAGAAAUCUAUGAAGGCACCAAUGUCAGAAGGCAUUUCUGAUAAAAAUGUAUCUGGAGAAUCUGGAGAUGAACAUCCACAGGCUCAAAAAGGUCAAAUAUCAAGAAUGGCGAGAUUUAAGAAAUCAAUGAAAGACGGAAUUUCUGACAGGCACAUUCCAGAAGAAUCAGGAGAUGAACAGCCAUCGACUCAUAAAGCUGGAACUUCAAGGAUGUCAAGACUUAAAGCUUCCAUGUUGGAAGGAAUGUCCGAUAAAAACGUUCCUACAGAAUCUGGAGAUGAACAACCAAAAGCUACUGAAUCAAGAAUGUCUAGAUUCAAGAAGUCUAUGAAAGAAGGAAUGUCUCAAGAAUUUGACAGCACUUGGAAUCUCCAAGGAAUUCGCAACAGAUUCACUAAAGAUGAAACUGUUACUGAACAAAAGAACAAACGAAAUCUUCAAUCGCAAGAAUCACUUGAUGAACACUCGGAUUUGGAGAAGAAAUCCGGCAAAUUGAGUAAGGCCCAAUUACGACGGGGAGAGUCGACAGAUAAAAACAGUGAACCAGCCAUAUCUAGUCCAGAGGGCAAAUUUUCUGGUAUAAAAAUGAGUAUAAACCGUUUGAAGUCUCGAAAGCAUCAACGGCAAACAUCUGAAGAGUCCGAAAUUGAUUUGGAUGUUCAAGAGUCGCCACGGAAAAAUAUGUCCGAUCAACUUAAAGCUGGUUUGCGUCGCUUGAAAAAGACUGACCGAACGUUAACUCUUGACGAGGAAGAGUCUAAAACACCUAAAGAGUCCACAACAAGCAGACUUCAGAAUUGGAAAAAGAGUAUCAAAUUGAAGCGUCCAAGUGAGGUUGCAACGGAAGAUAAUGACGGAGAAGCACCACCUGCGAAUCCGUCACCUCUUGGACGAUCUCAUACACUCAUGAGGAAACUAAAACAAAUUCGUAGUCGAACAGUUGUCUCCGAAGACGAUGCUGAUAGUGCUGAUCCAUCGCAAGGCAAUGACCAACCGAAACAAAAGUCAAGUAAUUUGGAGAAACUUGAUCAAGCUCGUGCCAAGGCAUUGCAAAAAGUCAAUGCUCAGGUGCAGAAAAUGAAGAACUUUCAUGGAAAGUCAAAAGACUUGUCUACUGAAGAAAGUCCUGAUAAACCAAAUCGUAAAACCAAGCCUGAAAGUAGUGCCUCAAGGCCUUUACCAACUGUUCCAAGCUCCCAUUCACUUACAUCACAGCUUUCACUGGAUGACAAUGAUGAGAUUCCACGACUUUAUCCACAAAUAGCACCUCGUAGAAUCAAUAAACCUGAACCAAAGGCUUCGAAACCAGGUAUUCUUGCAAGUUCGAAUUCAAUGGAAUCAACAAUUUCAUUGGACGAAGAACUUCCUGUACUGCAACUAAGUAAACCCAAUAAAUCUGGACGUUUGACAAAGGAUAAUAUUUCAAAACCAAUCAUCCUUGGACAUUCGCAUUCAAUGGAUGAUGACGAGGAUGAUCAGGAUGACGAGGAAGAUGGAGUUCCAAGAGUUUUCCUUCACCAAGAUAAUUCCGAUAGUUAUGAAUCUACUUUGACAGUUGCAGUUACAAGACGAGCACCACCUGUUCCUACAGCUCUCAUCACUCCAAAAGCCAAAUAUUUGGCACCAAAGACCGAAUGGAUUCCAAAUAAAAAUGCCAUAUCAAGCUUUUUGGAAAUGACUCCAUCGCCAGAGUCAUCAACACAACAACUCGACACUGGUAGCCGAGGACAUUUGAGAAAACGUUCCAUGGACUCCAAUGAUUCUGACUCUUGGAUUCCAGAUAAUUUCCGCAAUAAGAGUUGCUCGUCUUCCACCAUAGCUGGUCUAAAUAAAAUCUCCGAAAACACCGAACCAUGGAAAGUUCACAGUGUCUUUAGCGAAGAAAAACUCUACAAAGCCAGGAGUAUUGAUAUUUUUGCAAAUCGUGAUGGUGGAGCCUUCAAAGAUUUUGAUGACGAAAUGAAAAACGUCCCAGUAAGACGAAUAGGAGCCGAAAGUGCAGCAAGCUUGAACAAAAGCUAUGGCGGUGAAAGUUCAGACGAUGAUGACUACGAUAAUGCUUCCAAAGUAACUCGAGUUAAGUACGAAUCUCCAAUGGUUAGCACCAAAGCUGCUAUUGAAUCUAUGCGAAGUGGAAACUCAUACGAAAGUACUGAAAGCAACCAAGCCAGCCGGGGAAGUCCAGUGCCAACAAAUAAAAAAACAACGGCACAAAUUGGUAACAGUCAAGAGAGUUUGGAUGCGAAUUAUGACGAAAACGAUGAAAUAUCCAGUGAAGAUGAAGAAGACGAAGAGGAUGAAGAUGACGAUGAAGCACCAACAAUGGCACCAUCGCCACCACCAUCAUUCUCUCCUCCACCACCGCCUUUGCCGCUAAGGAAGCCUCCUCGUCUCGUUCCCGAACGGAAUGAUUCGAUGGUGCGUUUAGCUCAUCCAUUGGUCAAACAAGGCUCCUUAAGACGGCAUUUCAGUGAAGAAAUUGAACCAGCCGAUUUGGGUAAGGUUAAUAAGCUCAUAACGAGGUUUGAAAAAAAUCCGACAUACGAAAAUGUACCACGAAUUCAGUUGAUUCCGAGUGAUGACGAUGAUGGUAGUGUUGUUCAAGUUGAGGAACCAAAAGUCACAAAGACAAAAGAAAAUGAUGACAAGAAGCGAUCUGUACAAUAUUCACCAACUAUUUCCAGUGAUGACAACUUAUUGAAACGAGAGAAGAAACAUGCAGAACAAGUUAAAGACAAUGGCGCCGUAAAGAAACAUCAAUCUCGCAAUGGAACAAGUGAUGAAGAAGGUAGCAUCGAUCAGAAGAAAGUUGCUAGAAAUAGCAGCAAGAGACGGCCGGCACCGAUUCCUAAUCAGCCAGAAAAAUUGGAUGAUUCGAGAAAUAACAACGAAGAUAUCGGAGACAAGAGCCACAAUAAGAACACCAAUGAGAAGAACGACAACAAUAAAAACAGCAGUGAUAAGGACGAUAUUAACGAUAUUCGAACGAAACAAGAACACCGAAGGCCAUCACCAUCUCCCGAGUAUCAAGAAAAUCUUGAUAAUGUAUCAAUUCAAAGUCCAAAUUCAAUUUAUGGAUCACCAAUCGGAUCGAUAUGUUUAUCUGAGAGAAUAUCGACCAGUUCAGUAUAUGGAUCACCAAUUGGAGUAUCAUAUCCAGUAAGGACUUCAGACCAUCAGAUGCGUUCAAAUAGACGACUCUCGAAUCGUUCAUCACUAAGGGAUGAUGAUACGUUCUAUUCUUUUGAAAGUGACGAAGAGAAUAAUUUUUAUUCCUUGGGUGACUCGUCUGACAUGAGGUACGUUAUCGAAAUCUAAUACAUAGCUUGGACGGACGAAAUGAUGAUUUAUUUUUUGGAAUUAAAACUACAAUUUUAUUGUAAUCGAUAGAUAUGUAUUUUAAAUUUAUUUUAUUUAAUAAAAUUAUAAAAGUGAUUGUGUGAGAG